GUCGAUACCGGUACACAUGCAUUAAUUUAAGCUCUCUAAACUUUGUAUCAGAAGUUAAAAACUGGGUAGCAUAUUAUUCUCUGCUCAAAUAAUUUCUGCACCUCCAGGACACGCAACCUAACGUCUUCCCAUCACCGUCAUAAUAUCUAUCUUUCUUCUUGGCUCAUUGUUUUUUUCCGGGGAAAUAAUAAUUAAUACCCAGCGCAGAACGUACCGUAAAAUACUUAAAUUUGGCAGAUUGUUUCCCUCUACCAUCUGAAUUCUGCUUCAAUGGGGUUGGGGUUAUGGACCCUACUACUCCACUGUUCCAGUCAAUUUCUUUACAGAUUUUUGUCAACAGUGGCCAUCAAUGGCAGAAUCUUAAAAGCACCCGAACAUGAAUUAUGGUUUCUUUUACCUGCUUUUGUUUAGUAAUUCUAAUGGAAACUCAUAAUUAAGCAUGCUUGACUCUGAGAUAAUGACGUUUCUGCAUGCUAUGCUAUUGCUAUUGCUAUUUCCCUUAAUGUCCGCCAUUUCUUGCGCAUUCUUUAACCCUUUUUCUCCUACUCAAGGGAACAGGCAAUUUGAAGGUAAUUUGCAUUUUGUCGACUUCUUUAAGUUUUUGUGUUGAUUGAGCGAGUAGAUUGAGAGCAGUGGCAAUGGCAAUGGCGGAGGCUGCAUUCUCCGUAGGAUCGCGCUUCAGGACGCGUGAUUCUAGUCCUGAAUCUGUCGUUUUCACUCUCGAGUCGAAUUAUAGCGUUUUCUCUUCUACUUCUGCUAGUGUUGAACGCUGCUCUUUCGCCUCUGAUGCUCACGAUUAUGACUGUCGAAACUCUGAUAUCUCUCUGCAUCCGGAAGGGAACAUUGAGGAUCGCAAAGAAGAAAACAGUGGUUCAGAUUCUGAUCCGAAGGCAAUCAAUCCCUCGGUGGAAAGGGAGCAGAAUCGUCUACCUAGAAAAAGAGAGAAAGUGAAAGUUGAAAAGGAAAAUAACUAUGUUGAUGCGAUGGAUGGAUGUCAACCAUUGAAUAUGGCUAGAAACUCCUUUUCUCUCGCUCUCAAAGAAUGUCGGGAUCGAAGAACCAGAUCCGAAGCUUCAUUGAAUAAGGUAGACAGACAAAGAGCUGCUUCAUUGGACCUGAAUAGUGUCACUGUCUCAUCUCCUCGUCUGGCAAUCAUGAGAAAGAGCUCUUUCUCUCCUAUAAAUUCUGAUACUAAUGUGCUACAAAGUCCUGCUAUGAUGAGCUCUAGGCCUGCCAAUAAUGAAAUUGAAAAAGGUUGGAGCUCAGAAAGAGUUCCGUUACAUAAAAUUAAUAGCUCGAAGCAAGCGACUAGUGCAUUCUUGCCUUUCAGUAAUGGGAGAACGUUGCCAUCAAAGUGGGAGGAUGCAGAACGGUGGAUCUUCAGUCCUGUUUUCAAAGAUGGCAUAGUCAGAUCUGCUAUCCCUCCACCUCAGAGGCGGCCCAAGUCGAAAAGUGGCCCACUUGGAUUUCCUGGUGUUGCGUACAAUUUAUCGUAUUCACCAGGAAUGCUGAUGUUCGAAAGAUCAAAGGAGGUGAAUUUCGUGUCUUCACCCUUUUCAACAGCAAUGGUUGCAGCAGAUGGGCUGGCAGUUCAUUCGGCUGGUCAUGAAGCAGACAACCCUGUACAAAAUCAGCGUUGCAUAGCACGAUCAGUUAGUGUGCAUGGAUGUUCUCAAACGAGGAGUGAGUCUUCAGUGACUAUUUCAGUUGCUCAAAACUCCAACGAAGUCAACAACUCAGCUACAAAUAUAUCUCGUGAUGUCUCAAGAAGGGACAUGGCUACCCAAAUGAGCCCGGAAGGCGACUUUAAAUCUUCUUUGGAGAUUAGACCACCUAUCUCUAUUGCCACUUGUUCUGUCCAACCAAUUAGGGAACUAAAGAGCCUGUCUUGCUCGAAAUCGGAAGUCAAGGAUGUUGAGGUUGAUGGACGUGUUACCUUGACUAGGUGGUCUAAGAAACACAAAUCCCGGAUUCCAUGCAAGGGUCAAGUUCAUGAUAAAGAUGCAGAGCCUGUGAUCUGUGCUUGGGAUGUAUCAGACACAACAAGGAGCAUCUCAAAGGUCAUGAGAGAGGAGGCAAAGAUUACAGCGUGGGAGAAUCUUCAGAAGGCAAAAGCUGAGGCUGCUAUUAGGAAGUUAGAGAUGAAGCUGGAGAAGAAGAGAUCAUCAUCCAUGGAUAAGAUCGUAAAAAAGUUGAAAUCUGCUCAGAAGAAAGCUCAAGAAAUGAGGAACUUCGUGCUAGCUAAUCAGAUGAGCCAAGUUGAUGGAUCUUCUCAAGGACUAGUAUCUUCUGGUAGAAGCCCUCAGAGGACUUCAUUAAGUGGUUGCUUCAAUUGCCACGCUUUCUGAGGCUGGCUCAAGGAAAUUGCUCGUUUACAUGUCAGGUAACCCGUAACCUUUCUGCUAAAAGCAAGUUUUUCUUCAUUGUUCCUUCCUGCAAAAUCAUCUCCUCAAACCAACCAAAAGUAGGGAAAGAGAGAAAAAGGGGAGAAGGAAAAUCUGAAUUUUCUUCCAAAAAGAGGGGUUUUGAGAAAAUCUUUACUGGAAGAUCUUCUUGAUUGAAAUCUGGUGACCGACGAGCAUUGCUAAUGGAUGACCAAGUCAAUAGUAUGUUGAUAUUGAAAGCCUGAAAGUUUCAUUAGGGAUGUAGGCUAUAUGAUGCAUAUUCUCUUGAUUGUAGGAGAUCCAUUCUGAUGAAUUUCCAUCUUAUGACAUAUUUUUAAUCCAUUC